AGAAUGUGAAUUACAAUUGCAAACUAUCUCUCGAUAUGGUUGAUUAAGCAGUAAUUCAAGAGGAAAUAAUGCAGACAUUAGCAUUCUUCAUUUUCAUAUUUUCUGUAACUGUUACGACGGCUGUCAAAGAUAACAACGACCCUGGAUAUAUUAUCCUGAAGUUUAUGGAACGAUUUCAAGCAAAUUUGAAGGAACCGAUAAAUUUAUCUGAGGAAUUGAUUUGCAAUUGCUCGUAUUCUGGUUGCAGUGAGGAAAUAACUCGUUUUUUGGGAAGUAAUUACACCGGAUUUUGUCGGUCCACUAGUGGGAUAUGCUACAAACGUUUGCUGUCUGAUCGGUCGGUUAUCUUAAGUUGCCUGAACAAAGAUGCCAGUCCUGAUUUGCACUGCCGAGUGAAACAGCCAAUGAACGAUGGAAGUGUAAUGCAGUGUUGCCAGAAUUAUUCGUUUUGCAAUGGAGCUCUGGAUUUGAGUCCUAUAAAUGCUUACAAUUCGGAUAACAACAUACCAUUAAUUCGAAAUCUGGUUAUCCUCUUGAUAGGAAUUGUUUUUUUUGCGUUUUCCUUAUUCUUAGCUUUUGCCUGGACAAACAAACCAUUGAAACGAUGGAUAUUUUACUGGACACACCGUGGUUCUGGCGAGAGGCACUCUGAAAUUACUGGCGAGGAAAAACUACUAAUGAGCUCAACAGAUGCUUUAGGACACUUGGGCGAUUUACUGUAUAAUCUAGAUGAUUCUGCUACCACGGGCUCUGGAUCAGGGUUUCCAUUACUUGCGCAACGUACUAUCGCUCGUCAGAUCGAACUACAAAAAGAAAUUGGGCAAGGACGUUUUGGCGAAGUUUGGUUAGGCUAUUGGAAAGGUGACGAGGUCGCUGUGAAGAUAUUUAGUUCACGUGAUGAAAGAUCAUGGAAUCGAGAAGUCGAAGUUUUCCAAACAAAUCUUCUCCGACAUCCGAAUUUGUUGCGCUUUAUUGCGUCUGAUAAUAAAGAUACUGGAACGAGUACCCAGCUGUGGUUAAUAACUGAAUACCACGAACAUGGUUCUCUUUAUGACUAUUUGUCUGCAAAUGCUGUUAGUGAACCAGUGAUGCUGCAAAUGAUUCGUAGUAUUGCAGUUGGCUUGUCUUUCUUGCACAACGAAAUUCCUGGUCCACGCGGGAAGCCGGCAAUUGCCCAUCGCGAUCUAAAAUCGAAAAACAUCUUAGUGAAAUCGGAUCUGACUUGUGUAAUUGCUGAUCUUGGUUUGGCAGUACGAUAUAUGAAUGGUGAAAUAAAUGUUCCAGACAAUAGCAAGUGUGGCACUGUUCGUUACCUAGCACCAGAGAUAUUGGAAGACUGUUUCCCCACAAGUCAUUUCGAAGCCUAUAAAACUGCUGAUAUGUAUACGAUGGGUCUUAUCAUCUGGGAGAUCAUGUGGAGAUGCGAAAACCAGGAAAAAGCAAGACCGUUUGAAUUACCGUACUUUGACUGCGUAGGCCGAGAUCCAACAAUGGAGGAAAUGAAAUUGUGUGUCUGUGUACAGAAGCGACGACCCACUAUUCAAGAGCAUUGGAUAGGUGACAAGGUGAUGGGAGGAGUGUUACAGAUGAUGCAGGAAUGCUGGACGGGAUCGCCAGUCUGUCGGCUUACGGCAAUGAAUGUUCGUAAAGCAAUAGAUCGUCACGCUGACAGUUUAGGUUGGAAAAUUCGUAGUUGACAAAAUGUCAUCUAAAUUUUCGGGAUGUAUGGUUAAUUAUUAUGUGAAUUUUUCUUGUAAUAAAUUCCGAUGCCAAUAAGAGGAGGAUUCUUUGCGUGUACGUCUUGGAUUCAUACUAUCUUCUUGCACCUAUAUGUGCUUUGGUUUUUCUUUUCUCUUUUUCUCCACAAUACGGAAAAAAGAAGAAUUUGAAGGAAUUGUUAUGGAACAAUGCAGUCGUCGAUGCGGAAUUGUUUUUGUUUGUUUAGGGAAUGAUGUUUGAACUGAGAAAUUGUAGUUCUUGGAGUGCAUACAGUUAACAAAAAAUGUUGACAUAAUGCGUUAUGGAGUUUAGAUGCAGCACUUUACUUUGUUUUGUUGAAACUAAUAUGGUUAAGGAAAAAGUUUGUGUAAUCCUUCUUCAGCUGCAACAGCAAUGCUUUGUUUGCACAACUUGGAGUGCACUUAGUUGUGCGCUUAGGUAUGUUGUCUGUUGAUGAAAGCUGCACUGUAUUAUUUCUUUGCGUUGUUACAGUAUCACUGGCUAGCACUGUUUAAUUUUUGCCUUUAGACAUCUGCUUUUCAGAUGUUAGUAUUGUGUGAUGAUAUUGUGUAGAUUUACAUUUUUUUUUGUUUGUGAAACGGAUCUCUUAGUCGAACUAUUGUACUGUUUGACCAUGUUCAAUGCUUGUUCAGGUUAGCAGCUGGAGUGCUUCUUAUCGAGCAAAAAAGGGAACCACAGAUCAUGAAUCCCUUCAUCGCACAGAAUGCUUGUACUGUGGGAUUCCUUUUUCGUGCUUGUCACUGAUCCGCUUGUGAAGUUUAUAUGUGACUCUUUAUUCUACUUCUAUGUCCUUAAAAGUUCAAAAUAAACAGUAAAGGUGUCGUGGAAUAUUUUUUAUGUUUGGUAAUAAAG